UCACACGACGGAUGAUGUCGGAGACGCCCCCGUGAGCUCUGGGAUCAACAUUUACACGCGUCGUUUUGUAUUAAAGUCCCACGAUUUUGUUAAAACACGCUUUGAGGGGAGAAUCAUGGAGGCCAAGAUAAAAAAGGAGUUGGGAACAAGCAUGUUAAAGGCAACUGGCCACUCAGGAGGAGGAUGUAUCAGCGAGGGCCAGAGUUAUGAUACUGACACUGGGAGAGUGUUUGUGAAGAUUAAUCACAAAACCGAGGCUAAAUUGAUGUUUGAUGGGGAAAUGGCAAGUUUGGAAGCCAUAUUAAAAACGGAGACUGUCAGAGUCCCAAAGCCUGUGAAGGUGAUUGAGCUGGACACAAGAGGUUGUGUAUUUGUAAUGGAACAUCUGGAUAUGAAAAGCCUCAACAAGUAUACAAAGGGUCUUGGAGAGCAGCUGGCAGAUCUUCAUCUUCACAACAAAAAACAGAUUGAGAAAGAAAAUAAAGAGCAGCAGACAGUGGGAAAAGGAGCGGGUCAGUCAGAGGUGGCUGCUGUUCAGAGAUUUGGCUUUGAUGUACCUACAUGCUGUGGCUAUUUACCUCAGGUAAAUGAAUGGCAGAGUGACUGGGUGGCAUUUUACUCCCAGCAAAGGUUGGAGCACCAACUUAACAUGGUGGAGAAAGCAUAUGGAGACAGGCAAGCGAGAGAACUUUGGGCCAGGCUACAGCUGAAGAUCCCUGAGUUUUUCAAAGAUGUGGAGAUUAUUCCUGCUCUCCUCCACGGAGACCUAUGGGGAGGCAAUGUGGCAGAGUGCGCUGACGGGCCCGUCAUCUUUGACCCAGCGGCGUACUAUGGCCAUUCAGAGUUUGAGCUGGCUAUUUCAAAAAUGUUUGGGGGCUUUGACAGCUCUUUUUUUUCUGCUUACCAUGAAAAGAUUCCUCAAGCACCAGGUUUUAGAAAGAGGAGCCAGCUUUACCAGCUGUUCCACUAUUUAAAUCACUGGAACCAUUUUGGUGGUGGAUACGGAGCCUCUUCAAUUAAGAUUAUGAAAAACCUGUUAGAAUAAAUGCUCUAAUAGCAUUUAUAUAUAUGGAAAGCUUUACAGUAUUACCGGUAAGCCAAAGUUAAAAAGUUUAAAUAUUAGUUUGCUAGUUUGACCUAUGCAAUGUAGCACAUUGUUGAAUAGACUAAAUGUAACAUUCUAACAUUGCAAUAUUUGCAAAACAGUCGAAGCACCUUAAAAAUCAUAAAAUCAUUCCUCUUUUAUUUAUAUAGCACAAGAUUGGAUAUUUUUUAUGAGACUUGUUAAUGCAAAGUAUUUUUUUUCUUUGAUUCUCUUACUAGACUUCAAGUUCUUCUAAUUCUAAUUAACAUAUACGUUUAUUCCAUUGUUUACAGUUGAGCAGAGUUAAUUAUGCUGAUAUGAAGGAUGUCUGAGUCUCACUGUGAAGUCUUAAUAUGGAUCCUAUGCAGGUUGAUUCACCACAUACAUUAAGGAAAUGUAUGUGAUCCCUGUGGAUUCAAUUUAUUUACUGCUUUAAUCUCAGUGAACAGGAAACUGCAUAAAAUGUAGUUGAUUGCUGUGUUGUCUUCCACUAACCAAUAAUAAAGUUGCAGCAUUUCAAAGUCCUUGUCCAAACCAAGUGUGUUGUAUAUCUUACAUUUGCUUUAAAGGAAAGUAUAUCAUUUGGUAAUACCUCUGUAGGUGUAUGCCUCUAUCAUCCUUAAGAACUAACCAGCACUUUAAAUUCAUGUUUUUUGUUUUCUUUUUUAACAAGAUCACUCGGUUGCUGGCCACCAGACUCUUAAAAUCACCUUAACGUAAAUGUAUAUAAUUUAUAUUAGCAGUGCCAUUCAAACAGU